AUGUGUUCAGCCCCUGGGCUAUCUUAUAGGACCCAGGCCUGGGUCCUAUGGGAUAGCCCAGGUGUCAUUGAAAAAAAAACUGGCUCGGAGGAACCCCUCCCAGCCCCCAGACCAUACAGUCUUGAGGCCAGGAGGGAUUCCUCCCAGACCCAAGACUGUUCAGUCUCAAGGCCUGGAGGGGUUCCUCCGGCCUUGAGACUGUACAAGGUCUCAAGGCCGGGUCCUGUCCCCUUGAGACUGUGCAGUCACAAGGCGACGAGGUGCCGCCUCGCCGACUGGCAGGGAAACCCUCCGGUUGACGAGGUACAAGUACCUUUUCAGCCGGAAGGAAGCCCUUCCAGUAGACAAGGUAAAAGUACCUUGUCAAUUGGAAGGAAUACCUUCUGGUGGACGAGGUACAAGUGCCUCGUCAAUCAGAAGGUCUUCCUUCCGGUGGACAAGGUGGAUGUACCUCGUCCACCGGAAGGAAGACCUUCUGAUUGA